AUGGCUAACUCUCCUCACAAGCAAUUCCCCAGGCAGGAAGACUGGCUGCUACCUCAGGACUGGGGUUGGGGCUGGGAGAGCCCCUCGGACUCCACUUCCCCCACAUCCUCUUCGGAUUCCUAUAGCUCAUCCCCGUCCUAUGGACACCCAAGCACCACAGAAAGCCUUCCUCAAGCUCUAGGCUGCCAUCCUCCAGAGCCCCCUACUUCUGUCCCUUUCCAAAGGAACAGAAGGGAACGAGGUAGCCCCGCUAGUGGACAGAGGCAGAGCGCCAGUGAGCGUGAGAAACUGAGGAUGCGCAACCUCUCACGUGCCUUGCAUGAACUGCGGCGUUAUCUACCACCCUCAGUGGCACCUGUCGGACAGAGUCUGACUAAGAUUGAGACCUUGCGGCUGGCUAUCCGCUACAUUGGUCACCUGUCGGCCCUUCUGGGACUCAGCGAGGAGAGCCUAAGGCGCCGAAGGAGGGAAGGUACCAUGCAGAGCUGCCCACUCUGUCCUGACAGAUUGGGCUGCUGUCCAGACCAAACCCAGAGCCUCAGCCCACUCUCCCAAGCUCCCAGAGCCUAUUCUCCCCUGCUCCCUGAAGUCUGGGCGUCCCCACCUUCCUGCCGAUUAGUUCUGCCUCAGCCCAAGCAGUGUGGUGAACAGAACCUCAGUUCUGAGUCUUGGGGUUCACUUUCUUGCUGCUUGGGAUCACCAACCAGGCCAGACCUGCCUGGAAGAAGAUAUCAAGCUGUAGGAUUUGGGAAUCCUCUCCCUGCCUGCCCUGGAACACAGACCCCACCCAAGUUACACUGGGAAAAAGCCACUGAUCCUGCUUCCUGGGCAAUAGCUCCACAUUCCUCUGAGUUGACUACUCUAUACCAGGUACAAUGUUUCUCCCUCUGUGUGUCUCCAUGAGAAGUUCAAACCAUUUAUUUGAAAGACAAUUUCCAAAGGCUCAGAUUUGGAACUAGAGAGGAAAGUGGUUGGGGGCUGGACUGUUUCCUAAUCUAAUCUUUAUAGAAUAAGGAAAUGUCAGGAUCAGAAUAGAUUUAAGAUAGGAUCUAAACCCCAUCAUUUUACAAGUUAAAAUAUGUUGCUAUUCCAUUUCUAGUGGAAAGCUAUUCAUGAACCUCCAACGAUUUCAAUUUAUUCCUCAGG